AGGUCUCUGAGCACGCGCAGUUGUGCAGAGUGACGUCACCCAGUCCUCCUCGCCCCGCCUCGGGUGUCGCCGUGCGGCUGCGCAGUGUCUGUGGCCGGGGUAGUAGACGCAAACGGUACCGAUCCCAUCCCAGGCCAAGCACUGAGCAUCAUGUCCAGCCACUGGCAGCACAGCGGAGGAUCGGGGCGACAAUUCAGCACUAUCAUACAGACAUGCAGCGGAAACAUCCAGAGGAUCACGAACAACACUGCUCAAAUUCGGACAUUAUUAAAUCAACUUGGAACCAGUAAAGAUUCUAGUAAACUUCAACAGAAUCUACAACAGAUUCAGCAUUCCACUAAUGUUUUGGCAAAGGAAACCAAUACAUACUUGAAAGAUCUUUCUUCUGUUCCUGCUCCAUUGUCUCCCAGUGAGCAGCGUCAGCAGAAGCUACAGAAAGAUCGUCUUAUGAAUGAUUUCUCUGCUGCACUAAACCAUUUCCAAGCUAUCCAGAGACAAGUGUCUGAGAAGGAGAAAGAGACCGUUGCUCGUGCAAGAGCUGGUUCUCGUCUAUCAGGUGAUGAAAGGCAGAAGGAAGAGCAACUUGUAUCAUUUGACAAUAAUGAAGACUGGAACCAGAUGCAGAGCCAAGAGGAAGAUCUUGGAAUUACAGAAGAGGAUCUGGAACUUAUAAAAGAGAGAGAGAGUACUAUCAAGAAGCUAGAGGCAGACAUUCUUGAUGUGAAUCAGAUUUUUAAAGACUUGGCAGUAAUGAUUCAUGACCAAGGAGAGAUGAUAGAUAGUAUAGAAGCCAAUGUUGAAAGUGCAGAAGUUCAUGUGGAAAGAGGGGCUGAGCAAUUACAAAGGGCAGCAUAUUACCAGAAAAAGUCACGGAAGAAGAUUUGCAUCCUAAUCCUUGUCCUUACCUUUGUAGCAGUAUUCCUGGGUAUAAUUAUAUGGUUGAUAGUCAAAUGAGCCAUACUCUCAACAUGCCUUGCUGCAGGAGGGUCCCGGUCUCCUCCCACCUUUCUGUAUAUAUUGAGUUCCUGCUGUGCAAAAAUUUCCAUCAACAGUAAAUGUGAAAGAAAUGUAUUCUGAGAAGACACAGAAAAGGGAUGUAAACAAGAAUCUGCAUUCAAAAUCUACAGCUCUGGUGCAGCAGAGAGAAUAAUACAUUCUAGAUAUUUAUCUAUGCAGCUGACUUAAUAAUGGUCCAUUAGAGACUUCAGGAUAAUCGCUAUUUUGUUAAAUUUUACCUUCUUAUAUCACAUUAACAUUCAGGUCUUUUGACACACUACACUGGUUAGGACCGUUCUGAUGCUUUCUUUCUUGGUGGUGUAGACCAGGUUUACAGCACACUGCUCACCUAAUAACCAAGGUUAAAUUAACAAAUCAUCCCUUGGAGUUUACGUUGUGUCUGCAGUCCUAAAAAAAAACAUAUACUCCCUGUAUAUAAAACUCAGUGCUUACAUCUUUUUUUUUUUUUUUGUGUGUGACUUUUUUUUGUAGAAACAAAAAUAUUCAUAUGUUAGUAAAAUAACAAUUGCAUAAUAUUUUCUACUGACUGGACAAUAGUGAUUCAUUAUUCUGAAGAUGCGUGUGCCCUGUGUAUACGUAUUAUGUGCUUUUCUUGUAUAUAUUUUUUCUCAUUUAUAUUUCAACUUGUUGAUGGGCCAUUGAGAGGAGUAGUAAAAUGUCAAUAAGUGUUCAAAUAUAAAAUGAUUAAACAAGGA